UGGAAUAGUCUUCUCCGGUUUCUGGUAAUUUCAUCAGGGCCUCAUCGUGUUGCUGCAGCUACAGAUAACAUCUUCCUGUGGGUAACUCUUCCCCGCCAGAGCCCCCUGAGGCUGGCCCCGAGCUCAGAGGAGGGACGCGGGGGUGUGGGAUGACUUUGGGGGUGUGAGGGUCUCUUAGGCAGAAGUGGGUCGGCUGGGAUGCCAGAAUAGCGCUGAGGAACGCUGCCAUUUGCCAUUGGAAGCUAUGGAAAAAGGGAAGGGGCAGGAGCUGGGCAGGGGCCUGGGGAGGCCCCUGAGCUCCUGGAGCUGCCGUGGGUUAUGCUGUCUCCUGAUACCUCCAGCUAGGCCCUCCUAACAACACCCAAGCCCAGGUGCAGACACAGAGACCCACACCUCCCAGGUUGGGCGGCGCACUGGCCCCAGCACAGGGCCACCUUAACUGGGCAGCCCUCUGGGCGGGGCACGUCACGGAUGCCAUCUGCGCGACACCAGGUGGCACCCAGGCCUGAAGCAGGACCUGGUGUGCGCAGCACAUAGCUCCCAGCCUGCUGCCCAGCUCCUCACGCUGGGUCUCCGCCCAGACCAUGACCCAGGGCGUCUUGGAGGCUGACAGCCCCGGCUGGGGCUGGGACGGGGAUGGGGACGAAGACUGGGAUGGCGUCGUGCUGACCCUGCUGGCGCUGGCUGUGGUGGCCGCCACGGCACUAGCUUUGCACUGGUUUGGCUCUGGGCAGGACCAGGAGGCGGCAGGUCCAGCAUCCACAGCCCCUCGACCUUCACAGGUGGGAGGACCUGGGCCAGCCCUGCCCCCGAAAUCCAAGGUCAGUGGUGGUGCCGAGGGACACAGCCCAGGGCAGGAGAAGCCACACCCUCCAGGACGUGGCCAGGGGAGUCCAGCUGCAGCAGGGGCCCAGGAUCAGGAGCCCCCGCGAGGUGAAGGUCUGGCUGCUACAGCUACACCUCCACUCAAGACACCUGGUGAGGUGGCCAGCGGAGGGGCCUUGGGACAGCAGCGUGGUGAUGCCACUCCAGAAGCCCCCCGAGGAAAAGGAAGGGAGCCUCGCAGGCCAGGUGCUGCCCUCCUGGGUCAGAGCAAAGCAGAGGGGACGUCUGCCCCCCUCCUGAUACACUUCACCCCCCGGAGCCCUGGCGGAGAAGUGGAGGUGCAGGUAGAAGCAGGAGGCGUCCAAGCCAAGGCACCAGCUCACCAGGCCCUCGUCCACAUGGUGGAACGGGACACCAGCCCCUGGCAGCAAGGUGUGGCGUCACCUGGCUCACUGGGGAGGGGCCCAGGCAGCCGCCGGUGGCAGGUGGACCGCAGCUCAGGAGAGAGAACCUGCCGCUCCCCAAGGCUGGACCCCCUGUCCCUGGGCACUGUGGUGAGUGUGUGGGAUUCUGUGGGUGCAGCCAGCAGCCUCCCCGCGGGCUCCCAGGGGCUCCCUUUGCCCCAGGAGCUGCCCCCAUCGUACACCCUGAAGACUAGUCCCCCGAUGGAUGUCUCAGAGAGGGGGCCUGGGAAGAGCAGCCCCCAACAAGCCCCAGUCCUAGCUCUGGACUCAGGAGCCAAAGCUACUGAGAGCAGGGAGGCUGGGACCCUGGCCCCCAGGGAGUCUCAGAGGUCCCCAGCCUCCGUGGAAGGUUGGCCCCGGGUGAGGAGGGAGGUCCUUGUCACCGGGAGCUUCAGCGAGGCCCCAGGCUCCAUGGGCCUAUCACAAGAGGGGCCACAGGGGGGACACCGACUCUUGUCCCAAGGGGAGGGGACCACAGAGGCCAGCACUGCGGGUGAGGCUGGGGCUAACGGCUCUGGAGACCACCCUUUCUUCAGUUCAGGGCCUGAAGGGACAAAGGAGCAAGGGGGCCACAGUGUUACAGAAGGGAGAGGAUCCCUGCAAGGCCAGGUGGCUGGCGGCUCUGACAGAGGGAAGCGAGCUGCAGAGGUUCGCAGCUGCGUGCCCUCCCCAAGCCCCUCCCUCACGUCCUCUUCACACACCCCUAAACCCCUCCCACCCACAGCACAUCCCCAUCCAGGUCUCUUACCUGUAGCCCCAACUCCUCUGAACUCCUCUCUGUCAGUCUCUUUGCCCCCCAGAGUUGGCCAGGGUCCUGCUGAGGAUGAAAAUCUCAAACUGCAGCCCCUGCCCCAGGCCCAUCCCCUGUCACAGCUGCAGCCCCUGCCCCAGGCCCAUCCCCUGCCCCAGGCCCAUCCCCUGUCACAGCUGCAGCCCCUGCCCCAGGCCCAUCCCCUGCCCCAGGCCCAUCCCCUGUCACAGCUGCAGCCCCUGCCCCAGGCCCAUCCCCUGCCCCAGGCCCAUCCCCUGUCACAGCUGCAGCCCCUGCCCCAGGCCCAUCCCCUGCCCCAGGCCCAUCCCCUGUCACAGCUGCAGCCCCUGCCCCAGGCCCAUCCCCUGCCCCAGGCCCAUCCCCUGUCACAGCUGCAGCCCCUGCCCCAGGCCCAUCCCCUGCCCCAGGCCCAUCCCCUGUCACAGCUGCAGCCCCUGCCCCAGGCCCAUCCCCUGCCCCAGGCCCAUCCCCUGUCACAGCUGCAGCCCCUGCCCCAGGCCCAUCCCCUGCCCCAGGCCCAUCCCCUGUCACAGCUGCAGCCCCUGCCCCAGGCCCAUCCCCUGCCCCAGGCCCAUCCCCUGUCACAGCUGCAGCCCCUGCCCCAGGCCCAUCCCCUGCCCCAGGCCCAUCCCCUGUCACAGCUGCAGCCCCUGGGCCUGCUAUCAGGAGGGGCAGUUCUCAACUAG